CCGCGCGCCGGAGCGGGAGGCGCGAGCGGCGGGGCCGGUGGCUCCCGCGCUGGGACUCGGACCCGAGCCGCGGCGGGAGCCGAGGCCGCAGCCGGUACCAGGGAGGGGCGAGGGCGGGAUCCCCGGCGGGGCAGACUGGCCCGGACCCGGCGCCUUUUCUGCGGGCCGCACUUUCCGCCCCGGCCCUGCGCGGCGGGCAGGCUCCCUCUGCGUCCGCGGCCCUGCCCUCUGGCGGGCGCCGCCUGGGCUUCUCCUGGGCUUCUCCUGUCCCCGAGGCAGCGGGCGAGGGCGGAUCGGGGCCGGGGCCGGGGGCGAGCCGGUUCCUUGGACUACCCCCUGCGCCCCCAGGCAGCGGAAGGAUGACCACGCUCACGCGACAGGACCUCAACUUCGGCCAAGUGGUGGCCGACGUGCUCUGCGAGUUCCUGGAGGUGGCCGUGCACCUGAUCCUCUACGUGCGCGAGGUCUACCCGGUGGGCAUCUUCCAGAAGCGCAAGAAGUACAACGUACCGGUCCAGAUGUCCUGCCACCCGGAGCUGAAUCAGUAUAUCCAGGAUACGCUGCACUGCGUCAAGCCACUCCUGGAGAAGAAUGACGUGGAGAAAGUGGUGGUGGUGAUUUUGGAUAAAGAGCACCGCCCAGUGGAGAAGUUCGUCUUCGAGAUCACUCAGCCUCCGCUGCUGUCCAUCAGCUCAGACUCCCUGCUGUCCCACGUGGAACAGCUGCUCCGAGCCUUCAUCCUGAAGAUCAGCGUGUGUGAUGCUGUCCUGGACCACAACCCCCCAGGCUGCACCUUCACAGUCCUGGUGCACACGAGAGAAGCUGCCACCCGCAACAUGGAGAAGAUCCAAGUCAUUAAGGACUUCCCCUGGAUCCUGGCGGAUGAGCAGGAUGUCCACAUGCACGACCCCCGGCUGAUCCCCUUGAAGACCAUGACGUCAGACAUCUUAAAGAUGCAGCUCUACGUGGAAGAACGAGCUCAUAAAAGCAGCUGAGGUGCACCUGCCACCCCAGUGAUGCCACGUCAGACUGGGGUCCCCAGCCUAGGGCAGCGCUGCAGGGCCACCCUGACGCCAAGUGCUCUUACUGCCACUGUGUACGGACGCCACCCUCCAGCCUGGGGCUGCUCAGGUCUGGUGGCCUUCAUGGAAGAAGCCUCCCCAGGAGGACAGCCAGAACACUGCAACUGUGAUGUCUCGGUCUUCUGGCUUGAGCUGGCCAACACUGUCUGUCUCAAAUACUGUGCUGUGAGUUAUUUCAAUAAAGGGGCCCCAAGGGC